GAGCAGCCUGCAGCCCCUGCUGCUCCUGGCAAGCCUGCCGCUCCUGCUACCCCUGACCAGCCUGCGGCCCCUGCUACUCCUGGCAAGCCUGCCGCUCCUGCUACCCCCGACCAGCCUGCGGCUCCCGCUACUCCUGGCAAGCCUGCCGCUCCUGCUACCCCUGACCAGCCUGCGGCUCCCGCUACUCCUGGCAAGCCCGCUGCUCCUGCGAACCCAGGCAAGCCCGCGGCUCCUGCCACUCCUGAGCAGCCUGCCGCUCCUGCCACUCCUGAGCAGCCCGCGGCUCCUGCUACUCCUGAGCAGCCUGCAGCCCCUGCUGCUCCUGGCAAGCCUGCCGCUCCUGCUACCCCUGACCAGCCUGCGGCCCCUGCUACCCCUGACCAGCCUGCGGCUCCUGCCAACCCGGCCAACCCCGGCAAGCCUGCUGCUCCUGGUGCCCCUGGCCAGUCUCAGGCUCCUCCUGCUGCUGGCGAGACUGAUGCUCCCGCUGCUACCGGCCAGCCUACCACCCCCUCGCAGCCUCCUGUUGCCGCUGGUGCCAAGUCGGCUCCCGCUCUGGCCCUGCUCGGCGCCGUUGGUGCUGCCAUGUUCCUGUAA